AUGUCUUCGUUUCCUUUGCAGCCAUCCGUUCCUUUCAAUCCAGAUAUAGAUAUCUUCAAUUUUAACAACCUCAAGUUCAAUGAAGACCUGCAGUGGGACCACCAAGCAGAAUCUCUCCUUCUUUGCGAAAAUGUGCCACUGCCUGCGGAUUGGAAGCCUUGGCGUCGCGCGGAUGAGGUGAUGAGAGGCUGGUUGAUUCAUCCUUGGGUUGUCAAGAGAGUUCAAAUCACACCAAAAUCAAGAUUUUGGCGGUGUCUAAACCACGACUUUUCUGAAAACCCAAUCCUUCAAUCGCAACCUGUAAUUUUUACAAACUUCAUCUUCCAAGAUCUUGAUGAAUUUAUUCUUCAAGAUGCCGACUGUAUACUCUACCACAGGUUUGACUUGCCAAUUAAUCGAGAUAAUUGGAGUUAUAUUAUGACGAUAUUCAGAGUUGAAGCUUCCCAUAAUGAAUUUGCGGCCAUGAGAGCAGGCUCCAAAUUCAAAAUACCAAAGGUCACGAUUCUGCCUAGUGCCAAGAUUUCAACAAGAUGCAAGCGUUGUAUUGAGAGACAGAUGUUCCCCCGGAAGCAUUUUGAAGACAGAAAACGUUUGAAGUAUUGGAAUAAACAGUAUCAGCUCAGAAUGAUUGAGAGAUCCAAAAUCGACGGUUUCCGCUGGUGA